GCGGAUCUUUAGGCGGUUGAAUCACGCAGCUGUCAAAAAUAGCUGUCACCCAGUUUCGUGAUCCAACACACACGCGCGCGGACGCUGGCAAGAGCGGAACCAAAAACGCGUUGUCCAGGUCCAAGACAAUGUGUCCCCUCUCUUACAAAUGAAUCACGACGCGUACGCGACCGAGAACCGACAGAUAUUACGGAGUCCACACGUUUAAAGGAUUUAGCACACGGACAAACCACCACUUUAGGAAUAAAUUCGACAGGACGCAAACAGUCGAUUUUUUACGGGUAUGAAGACUAAAAAGGGUAUGCUGGCCCCUUCUGGCAGUGAGACAGAAGAUGAGGAAAACAUUGCUGUCCCUCUGGAUUUGUCUUCAAGUCAUGGAUCAGCUGUAAAAAGAAAACGGAGAGGCAACCUGCCUAAAGAAUCGGUACAGAUUCUCAGAGAUUGGCUUUUUGAACACCGUUAUAAUGCCUACCCUUCAGAACAGGAAAAAGCGCUGCUAUCAAAACAGACUCAUCUUUCCACACUUCAGGUUUGUAACUGGUUCAUUAAUGCUCGUAGAAGGCUCUUGCCAGAGAUGUUACGGAAGGAUGGUAAAGACCCCAACCAGUUCACCAUUUCACGUCGUUCCAGCAAGGGGACUGAGGGCAUGAAUAACAGCUCACACUCACCUAAACAUGAUAGCUAUCAUAUUGGCUUGCCUGUUUGCCUAGACAGUAUGGCUAUUUCCAACAAUUACCACAAAAAAUCAGCAUCAGCAAAAAGGCCACCUUCACCCACUUUGGCCCGUCCCUCCGUCAUUUGCCACACCACCAUAACAGCUGCAGACACAAAGGUUGAAGAGACCACAGAGUUGGCAGUCUUCAGUUACCCUUUAGGCACAGGACUAAGCACUGAAUUCAACACGCCACCACCUACACCUCCUGACCUGAGAGCACAGGACUUCAGUGGCUUCCAGCUGCUUGUGGAUGUGGCAUUGAAGAAGGCUGCUGAGAUGGAACUGCAAGCUAAAAGAGUGCUGGAGUUAGAUGGAUAGGUGGAGAAUUAAUAUGGUAUCAGAACUUUCAUUCCUGGCCCAUAACCUCAUUGAAGUUUACUUUGCAUGGAAAUUGGGUAUGCAGCUUGUUGUUGUAUUAUCAAUUUCUAAUAAUUUCUAUUUUUGUAACGUAAAUCCAGUCAGUGCCAAUUAGUUAAGACAACAUACAUUUUAAAGUGCCUUCUCAGUUAGUACAUUUUAAGGUGUUUUGGCACAUAAUUUUGUAUUUCAUUUGUGUAUAUAAAUAUAUGUAUGCCUUUCUUUGCACACAGGUGACCAAAAUGCUUAGACAAAGACUUUGUAGAUUAUGAGAAGAGAGACUUGAAUCUUCUCAGUUCCAGGUUUCCAUUGUAGGUUUGCAGAGGAUUUUUAUUUUUAUUUUUUCACCAUUCACUCUCAAUUUUAGAGAAUAGUUCUACAGUUUAUUCAGCCUAAUUUUUUGCACAUUAUGGCAGGUCAUUUUUCUUCCUCCCUGUUUCUUUAAUGUGCUGUAAUCACUGAUGUUCCAGGCCUUCCAUUAUAGUAUUAUACUUCAUUUUUUUGUGUGUGUUUUUUUGUUUGUUUCAUGUGGUAAAGGGGGGGGGGGAAGGCGUUUUCAUUUUGAAUUGCUGCAUUUGACUUUUUCCCCCCCUUGGGGGGUGUUCAGAGAUGGCACUGCCUUAAUCUGGGAUUCUCUUGGAAUUCAGUGUAGAAAUGGGCAAUAAAUGUGCACCUUCUCCAAUCAUAAUCAUACACAUACACCUGAAAGGCACACAUACACCUAAAAUGACUGCCUGCACUCAUUAAAAGUGCCAUUCCAUCAAAAGUCCAUACCCUAUCCACAUUUUUUACAACCAUUUGUGCUUGAAGAUUAAACACUACAUAACACACUUGUAUGAAAUGUGCCUUUGUUUUAUUAUGCUAAAACAUCACUACCCUCCAAAGAAAUACUUUUACAUAACAGAAAUUGAGGAUAUAAGAAUAGUUUCCAAAUAGUUUUGGAACAGUUGUGUUUAUCCAUUGUAUUCAUGUGUCAUGGUGUCUAACAGAUGAGUUCUUUUUUAUAUUGUGUUUGUGGCAAAUCAUGCUUAAAUAAAGAUUUGUUUUCUCCAA